CAACUAUAUUUGUAUUUAAUUAAAGGGGCGAACUUGGAAGGUCUUGGCCCUUGCUUACAAUAUGAUGAUAUAUCCUGAAAAGUCCUAACUUCCUGACCUGUCGCAGUCUGUUUACACUGCAAGAUUUAAAUUCAAAGAUCGGCCUUAAAUAUAGGCUGGUAUAGUGUAAACAUGUCCUAAACAUGUCCUAAUGAUAUUUUUCAUGCACUGUUCUAAAUCCUUUUUCGAAUUUAACCUAUAUGGCUAUAACCUCUAACUCUUCACCUUCUAACACUUAGUAAUAAUACUAAAAUGCAAUAAUCUAUAUUUUAGGCUUUACAAUUCUUUCUUAUUUUUGGUUUGAAAUAGUUUUAUCACUAUUUCGACAGCCAGCAGGUUGCGUAACAGAGAUACGAAGAUAUCUAACAUGAUUUGUAUUGUUCUCGCCAUUCUUACCUGCAAAUGCAGUGAGGCAAAAUGUAAAAAUUAACCUAGAUAAGAGAAGUGCAGAUCCUCAAAACGCACAUACAUUUAUCAAACAUGAAAAUUCGUCUAUAGUGAAGUAUACUAUCCAUCCUUAAUUAAUUGUGCAUGAGAUAUAGACGUUCUUGUGAAAGACAAUGCCGGAAACAGAAAAAUUAGUAGCUUCUGAUCCAGAACGUGGAAAUGAUGGAGAAGGACCACCGAAGAAGAAAUCGAUGAUCGAAGAAAUUAAAGAAGCCAAAGGGAAAUCAAAAUCUUCCUACAGCUUCGCAAGGAGUUUUUGUGACAUCAUCUUUAGUUCAAUAAUUUGGACUAUAAUACUGGCGAUUUUCAACAUUAUUCCUAUCACUGUCAUUAUCAUAGGUGCAACAUUUUUGAAUGACUGUCAGAUUCAACGCAUGAUUCCUGUAUUUCUCAUCGUAUUUGGCGCAGUCUAUAUAACUCGCUAUACAAUCGCCACUUGUCUUCGCUUUGGUUCAAGAAAUGAUGAUGAAAUCGCCACAGAAAGUGACACGGAUACCUCACGAUUCUUCAAUGUUCUUCUUUUCUUCGUUGACCUGUUCCUCGUUGUGUGGUUCAUUACUGGCAGCGUGUGGGUUUAUGGCAAUUACUCUGAAGUGCAGUAUCAUGAUAGCUCUGCACCAUCCUACUGUAAUGGUGUUGCGUAUCUGUUCGCAUUCUGGUUCACUACCAUCCAUUACAUCGUUCUCGGCAUGUUUAUGUUCUGUUGCCCAUGCGUUAUAUGCUGUUACUACGGCACAGUUCAAUAUUGAAUGAAUCCAAGCUUAACUUUAAAUGUUCCAGGUUAAUCAUCAUUUCAAAUCUAUCUUAGAAAUUAACGAUAAAAUUUAUCAUAACCUAAGUUCAGUUAGAAAGAACUCUAAAAUUGUGUUGUUACAUUUUCACAACUUCCUACAUGUCUUGCUACUCAGCCUCUGGAUUAAAAGUGGGUUAUUAAAUUAGUGAUGAAGCAACUACGUUUAUCAGAUCGUGUACUUUUCCGGCUGCAAAUCACUUCUGAUGUAUAAUCAUGAUGAAGUAAAAGUGAGCUGCAUGAAGUAAAGUGGUAUACAUGGUAAACCGUAUGACUUGUUAAGCUGGUAUCUCGCAGUUUGUUUAUGUGUCUCGUUCAUUCUGUCUGACAUUUGAUCGUGUCAGGCCAUGAUUGUUAUUUACUGAGCACAUGUAUUUCAUUGUCUCUUUUUUGAUGCCAUAUAUAAGCCUUGAUU